CAGCACUUGUUAAGGAAAAAUAGCCCAAAGCUCUUGUUUUCAUGUGUACGUCUGCUGGAGUGCUGUAUGGACGUUACUACUCUGGAGUGCGGAUAGCUAGCAGCCUAUCAUAAUCAUAAUGGCAAAAAAAAAGAAAGUGUGUAUCUCAAACAGUAAGAAAAAUGAUGCUGGCAGUGUUAGUACAGUUCGCACAGAACCCCAGGUUUCAAGUCCCAUAUCUGUUGAUGGUCCAUUAGAUGAGGUGGUGUGCAAUGAAGAGACAAAAGUUGACAUUCCAUUUAAGAACAAAUCUUAUGAAGCAAAAAAAUCAAAUAAAAGAAAAAUCUGGAAGGGACUCAAACAGUUAAUAACACAAGAAAGAUCUCAAGAGUGGGUUACAGAAGCUGUAUUUUACAGCAGCAUUGAUGCACCACCAUCUUUUAAACCUGCUAAGAAGUACUCAGAUUUAUCUGGAUUGCUGGGGAAUUAUACAGAUCCACACACUCAUCUAAGAUUUGCUCAAGCUGAUGAAUAUAGAACAAUCCAAACAUUACCAAGUGAUAUUGUUUCUGGUUACUUGACUCUUAGAAAGGCUUCAAAUCCAGUUGGAUAAUAAAUUUGGUGGAUUGACAAAAACCUUGCAAUCUUGAGGAUUUCAUUUAUUCAAUUGUUGGAUAAAUCACAAUCGGCAAGUCCCAAACCAUUGUUUCGAUAUCCGUAACUUUCGGUGGCUCCCAAGCAGUUUCGCCAUUCCAAUUUAAAGCAGAGACGGCAGUAACAAAUUCAAAAUGCAGUCUCCAUUUUAAAGCUACCAUAUCCGUGUCGAAUGACGGCGUAACGUGCAGUGGAACAGGGAGCGAGAGAUGGGUUUGAAGGAAACCGAUACUAGUUUUUUUUUUAAAUAUUAACUCCAGUUAUUAUAAUUGUACUAUAUUAGAUCGUGUUACCAAAAUUCAUGGUGCUUUGAGUACGAUGUUAAAACGGAUUCAUCGCCAAGCUUGGACUGUUGUCCUCCAAUUCGACAGCGUUUCUCCUCAGGCACAAGUUCUUGGCUUUGUAAAGUGACCGAAUACUGCAUUGACAAGCAUGUAAAAUGGGGUCAUCAAUCAUUGAAAAAUUGGCUGUAAGCUGAUGACAAUACCUGCAUGCACGAAACCUUAGAAUCACCAAAGUCUAAUGUUCCUACAAUAUCCUCCCCAAGUCUAUAUCCAUUUUUGAAAAGGCAGAGACUUACUACUUUUCCUUUACUGUUUGUCACUUUGUAAAUACUAGGACUUCUCCUAGAAGUAAGUAACUAUAAUUUUGAUUAAAUGUUCAAUGAAAGUCAUUAAUGUUUCAAUUAAUAUCUAAGAAAUAUGAAUCUAGUUGCCUGCAUGCUUUCUAAAGGAUCAUCCAAUUCUGAAUUCAUGGAUAUAUUUGUUUUCAAGAAAGGGUUUGAGACAACAAUUUCUUGCUCAUCAUGACAGCUGUGCAAUCCUAAAUCUAAAAAGAGGAUGAUUUAAAAAAAUCAAAUAAUAUUCCAACCUCAUAUAAUACUUUGCCAUGUCAUCAGUCUAAGAGGCACAUGCAGCAAUUUUACUGAUGCUCCAACUCUCUGCAAUCCAAUUUUUAAUUUGUAAGAGUACUUAAUUGCCUGGCCCCGAAAUGAUGGAGGUAAAUUACUGGGAAUUGUUUCUUCGUAUAUAUCUAGAUUUACCCCAAAGAUAAUUUAAAAUUUAGCAAGUUGAUUUUAUAAUCACUAGAAAAUAUCUCUUACAUUCUGAACAGCUGUCAUCAGGCAGUUUCAAAUCACACACUAGGAUUUUAGGUUUUGUAGAAAAAAUAACCAAACCUCUCUCCCCAGCUCUUGGAGAGAGUGAUGUACUGUUAAAAGUAGCCCUACUGGGAUUGGAAACAGAA